AUGGAGGCCACAUCAUCACAAAGAAUACAAGCUGAAGCUCUCCUAAAAUGGAAGAACAGCUUUACUUCUUCACCACCUUCUCUGAAUUCAUGGUCGCUCACAAACCUAAACCACCUAUGCAACUGGACUGCCAUUGUCUGCGACCGCAAUACCAACACAGUUUCUGAAAUCCACCUUGCAAACUUCAACAUCACUGCAGCACUAACACAGUUCAACUUCGACAAGUUUCCCGAUCUCACGCAUAUCAACCUGAAUGGCAACAAUUUCUCAGGGCCUAUACCAUCUGCCAUUGGCAACCUCACCAAGCUCACAACCUUGGAUUUGGGAAACAAUACCUUGGAACGAGAAGUGCCUGCAGAAAUGGGCAAGUUAACGGAGCUUCAGUUUCUAAGUCUCUACAACAACUAUCUCAAUGGUACCAUUCCCUAUCAGCUGAACAAUCUCAAAAAGGUACAAUAUUUGCUUCUUGGAGGUAACCACUUAGACACUCCUGACUGGUCUAAAUUUUCAGGCUUUCCUUUGUUGAGGUACCUUGAUUUUUCUGAGAACAAUUUAGAUUCAGAAUUCCCAGAAUUUAUAUGUGAAUGUAGGAACUUGACCUUCCUGGAUUUGUCUGAAAAUCUUUUGACUGGCCAAAUACCAAAAUUGGUAGUUACCAACCUGGUCAAGCUUGAAUCUCUCAAUCUGACCGACAACCGAUUCCAAGGACCAUUCCCAUAUAACUUUCCCAACCUUAAGCACCUUUAUUUGGAAUCAAACAACUUUAGUGGUCCAUUUCCAGAAGAUAUUGGUUUGAUAUCUGGUCUUCAACUUAUUAGCCUUUUUAACAAUUCCCUUGAAGGCAAAAUCCCAUCCUCUGUAGGCCAACUGAAAGAGCUUCAGCACCUCGAUCUUCGAGAGAAUUCCUUGAACUCUUCAAUCCCUUCUGAGCUUGGUCUUUGUACCAACCUCACUUACUUGGACUUGGCUGUGAAUAAACUCAGUGGGGAACUGCCUAUGUCCUUGUCCAAUCUCAAUAGCUUGAGGGAGUUGAAGUUAUCUGAUAAUCUAUUUACUGGGCCAAUCUUGCCUUCUCUGGUCUCCAAUUGGACUAAGAUGAUCUCUUUGCAACUCAAAAACAACAGCUUCAAUGGGAAUAUUCCACCAGAAAUUGGCCUGUUGACAAAACUUGAUAUCCUCUGGCUGAGCGAAAACAAUUUCUCUGGAUCAAUUCCCUCAGAGAUAGGAAACUUGAAAGUUUUGAAAUAUUUAGGUCUUUGGGAAAACCAGCUCUCAGGGCCGAUUCCUAUGAAAUUUUGGAACCUCACAAAUCUUCAGCUCCUUGAUAUAGGAGCCAAUAACCUCUCCGGCCCAAUUCCCCCAGAGAUUGGAAACAUGAGUUCCUUGGUUAACUUUGAUGUCAGCACAAACCAACUUGAAGGGGAGUUGCCGAAAACUAUUUCUCACCUCAGAAAACUAGAGUGGUUUGCCGUUUACAUUAAUAGGUUUUCGGGGAGCAUUCCCAGUGAUUUCGGGAAGUAUAGUCCUAACUUGACAUUUGUUGGUUUCGCAUGGAACAGCUUCUCUGGAGAAUUGCCGCCAGGGUUGUGUAGUGGAUUUUCUUUGAAGCUUUUCUUAGUGCAAUUCAACGACUUCACAGGGCCGUUACCUGAUUGCUUGAGAAACUGUUCUGCAUUAUCUAGAGUCAGACUUGACGAGAAUCAAUUCACCGGAAACAUUAGCAAUGCAUUUGGUGUUCAUCCCAGUCUUGCAGUAAUUUACCUUAGUAACAACAAGUUUGUUGGUCAACUCUCGCCACAGUGGGGAGAAUGCAAGAAUAUCACUGAUAUGCGGAUGGAGGGAAAUAGAAUUUCUGGUCAAAUUCCACUUGAACUUGGGCAAUUGACACAGUUGCGGUAUCUAACUCUAAGCUCUAAUGAAUUCAGUGGGGAGUUGCCAGUUUCUAUUGGGAAUCUAAGCUUGUUGUUCACUCUUAAUCUCAGCAGGAACCACUUGACGGGAACUAUCCCUCAUGUUCUAGGCAAAUUGACUAAGCUUGAGCACCUUGAUUUGUCUGAUAAUAAUUUUACAGGGGUAUUACCAGUCGACCCUCGGAUGUUUGAGAGCUUAACAAGCUUGAACAUAAGCCAUAACAAAUUAUCAGGUGGAAUACCUGAGGAGACUGGUAAUCUGUACCUGCGGUACGUGUUGGACCUAAGCAGCAAUUCAUUCUCGGGAUCACUACCAUUAAACCUUGCCAAGCUUAUAAUGCUGGAGAUUCUUAAUUUCUCGCAUAACCAACUCUCCGGAAACAUCCCAUCAACAUAUUCCAGAAUGGUUAGUCUUCUCGGCAUUGAUUUUUCUUACAACAACUUGACAGGUCCAAUCCCAACCGGUGGCAUUUUCCAAAAGAAGCUUCCGAAUAAUGCUUUCAUUGGAAAUAGUGGUUUAUGUGGUGAAACAGAGGGGCUAACUUCAUGCACUUCGGGUCCCAAAAAGUCCAACAAGAAAAUUCUUGUUGGCGUCCUUGUUCCCAUUUGUGGUUUAUUGCUGAUGAUGACCAUAUCUGCUGUAAUCCUUAAGUUCUGCAAGAAAUCAAAGCUUGGAGAAAUCGAUCAUCCUAAGGUGUCUAAAAGUUUUGAUUCAAUUAUUUGGGGAACACAUGGUAAACUGACAUUUUCUGAAAUCAUCACUGCCACCGAGAACUUUGAUGAAAAGUACCUCAUUGGAAGAGGAGGUUUUGGAAGUGUCUACAAGGCUGUGUUGGACAGAGGCAGAGUCGUUGCAGUUAAGAAAUUGAAUAUGUCAGUAGAUUCUAGUGACGACAUUACAGAAUUGAAUCGCAAGAGUUUUGAGAAUGAGAUAAGAACAUUGACAGAAGUGAUGCACAGAAAUGUAAUAAAACUUUAUGGAUUCUGUUCCUGGAAGGGGUGCUUGUACUUGGUGUAUGAAUAUGCAGAGAGAGGCAGUUUGAAAAUGGUAUUGUAUGCAGUGGAGGGCGAAGUAGAUGUACUUGGCUGGGGAACAAGGGUGGAAAUUGUGCAAGGAAUAGCUCAUGCUAUUUCUCACUUGCAUAAUGACUGCUCUCACCAAAUCAUUCACCGCGACAUAACGUUGAGCAACAUAUUAUUAAAUCGGGAUUUCGUGCCAUGGCUAUCAGACUUUGGAACAGCAAGACUAUUGAGCUCAGAUUCCUCAAACUGGACUGCUGUAGCGGGGUCUUAUGGCUACAUGGCUCCAGAGCUCGCAUUCACAAUGCAAGUGACAGAUAAGUGUGAUGUAUUCAGCUUUGGAGUGGUGGCAUUAGAAAUUAUGAUGGGAAGGCAUCCAGGGGAGCUACUGACUUCUCUAUCGGAAAAUGGAGAUAUGCUUUUGAAAGAUUUGCUAGACCAAAGACUUCGGUCUCCUUCAAGUCAAUUAGCAGUGCGAGUGGUUUCCUUGUUAACAAUGGCCUUGGCCUGCACCAGCACUAAUCCGGAUUCACGACCAACCAUGCAUUUUGUGGCAAAAGAACUGUCAUCAGCCAGGCCCCGGAGUUGCCUUUCUGAGCCGUUCAGUACGGUAACCAUCAAUAAAUUGGCAAAUUUUCAUAACUAGAAGUGGCUGAAAUAAAAAAAGGGGUUUAAUAACUAAAUCCCUUCUCCAAAAUUGAAAGAGUCUUGCAUUUCCUCUAGUUUCUUGUUAUUUGGUGAAUAAAUGUAUUACUCUAGUGCCAGCAAUGUAAGGUCUAAUAAGUAGUAAUUCUGUUUAUGUAAAUAACUGGUACAGUUGUACUAUAACUCAAGUUAGUUCU